AGUUUGACAAUUUCUGACCCGGAAGUACUUAUUUAAUGUUUUUGACGGGUCAAUGUUGAAAAGUCUCUGCAAGAUAGUGCAGUUUCUCAAAUAAACUAACGUUUCUAGUGAUUAGAAACAAAGGGAGAACAGAUGCAGUCGCAGGUAAAUCACAACUUCCACCCAGAGAGUGAGGUGAACAUCAACAAGCUGGUGAACAUCAAGCUGACUGCAUCCUACACCUACCUCUCCCUGGGGAUGUAUUUCGACAGGGACGAUGUGGCUUUGCGCAGCUUCUCUAGUUUUUUCUUGGAGCGCUCUGUGAAGGAGAGAGAGCAGGCAGAAAAAUUGCUGGAAUACCAGAAUAUGAGAGGCGGUCGCAUUCUCCUUCAGCUCAUCCCUAAACCCAGCAGGGAGGACUGGCGAGGUGGCCUGGAUGCCAUCACCUUCUCCCUGGAGUUUCAGAAAACCCUCAACACGUCCCUCCUCGAAGUGCACCGUGGUGCCAACACUCACACUGACCCCCAUCUGUGUGACUUCCUAGAGCAGCACUUCCUGUCCGACAGCCAUGACACCAUCAAGAAGCUGGGUGACCAUCUGGGCAGCCUGACCCGCCUCACUUCCUCCGAGACCCAUGGCUCCAUGGGAGAAUACCUGUUUGACAAGCACACCCUGUAAGACUCACAGCAAGAAGAGAGCACAGCUUUCACACAGGGACUGGAGUCUGGAGAGUUGAAUUUCCGUUACAAGUAGCACUAAAGUGGGAUUUAGCAAUAGAACCACAUACCUCUUACAGUACGUACAGAAAACAAUGCAAGACCAUGGAACAGUUGAAUACCUCAACACCCGUUUACCACUUCUGAUGUGAACAGUAGUUACCACUGACAAACAAAAAGGUGUAAUGGGUUCGCACUCAAAGAUAUGUUGCAUAAAGCUUACUAUUCAAUUUUAUUGAAAUUAUUUUCACUGCAUCAGGGAUAGCGUACAAAGACAUUUCGGCUUUACAUCCUUCAGUGUGUAGGUACAAUUUUAUUUUAAUUCGAAAGCCGCAUUUUUAACAACCGAUGAGCAGCAGGUACUUCUGAUCAGGGUUGCCACUCAUCUGCCAAUCAGGUAUGUGUCUUUGCUGGCCAACCUGUAUACAAAUUAGUCACAGAGUAAUACAGAAUUAUAGGGUAUGGGAGUGGGCACGAAGGGCAACCGCCCCAGGUGUUCGUUCACCUAAACAACUCUGGUGCUAUAAGUCAACUUGGUUUCUGCCGUAGAGUUGAUCAAGCAUUCCAGCAGUAAAUAUGCUUCAUUGUGUUGUGCAUUCCUACAUACAGUGGGGCAAAAAAGUAUUUAGUCAGCCACCAAUUGUGCAAGUUCCCCCACUUAAAAAGGUGAGAGAGGCCUGUAAUUUUCAUCAUAGGUACACUUCAACUAUGACAGACAAAAUGAGUUUAAAAAAUCCAGAAAAUCACAUUGUAGGAUUUUUAAUGAAUUUAUUUGCAAAUUAUGGUGGAAAAUAAGUAUUUGGUCAAUAACAAAAGUUUAUCACAAUACAAUGUCAUAUACGCCUUGUUGGCAGUGACAGAGGUCAAACAUUUUCUGUAAGUCUUCACAAGGUUUUCAUACACUGUUGCUGGUAUUUUGGCCCAUUCCUCCAUGCAGAUCUCCUCUAGAGCAGUGAUGUUUUGGGGCUGUUGCUGGGCAACACGGACUUUCAACUCCCUCCAAAGAUUUUCUAUGGGGUUGAGAUCUGGAGACUGGCUAGGGCACUCCAGGACCUUGAAAUGCUUUUUACGAAGCCACUCCUUCGUUGCCCGGGCGGUGUGUUUGGGAUCAUUGUCAUGCUGAAAGACCCAGCCACGUUUCAUCUUCAAUGCCCUUGCUGAUGGAAGGAGGUUUUCACUCAAAAUCUCAUGAUACAUGGCCCCAUUCAUUCUUUCCUUUAUGCGGAUCAGUCGUCCUGGUCCCUUUGCAGAAAAACAGCCCCAAAGCAUGAUGUUUCCACCCCCAUGCUUUGUCCUCCAAACACGACGAGUUGAGUUUUUACAGGUCUCUCUCAUCUUUUUAAGUGGGAGAACUUGCACAAUUGGUGGCUGACUAAAUACUUUUUGCCCCACUGUAAUUCUUAAUCAGUGCUGUGUUACACCUAGUUUCAUUACUCCAAAAAGCAGCAUAUGAUCAAGGAUGUUCUCAAGGAUUUAAUCAACAGUUGUAUUUAAAUAAAAGUUACACUAUUGA